UCCUGAGAAGUCAGGGAGUGUUUUUACCCUGUGUAGGAAAGAAAUGUUGCUCCUAAUUAUGAAAGUUAGGAGGAGCUGUGUAUGGGGAAGGAUUAUAUCUCUGACUCCUGGAAUGUCAUGAAAAAGCAAGCCAUUCUGCCUCUCCCUCUUUCACAUGCUUACUAUAAAAUCUGAGCUUGAUAGGUAUAGUCAAUACUAAUGCAGCCUGAUAGCUGUUCCUCUUUGAAUCUGAAUACAAAUGGUACUUGUAAGUAUUCAAACUGCAAUUGGCCUAUGGUCUUGAGCUAAGAAAAAUACUUCCAUGUAAGCAGCGGAAAUAUUGUUUACUUGAUGGUUAAACUUGACUUGAAAGUCUACUUAUGCCCUGGUCUCUUCUACCUAAUCCAGAGUAACAGGACUUCCAAUUACUAACUUGUGUAGGAAUAAUUUACUUAAAAGCACUUUUUGGUAGAGCAAUUGACUUGUACAGCUUGAAUUGUUUAAAUAUUUUGAAAAUGUUGGGUAUUUAUUUUGUGUUUGUGGUAAAUUUUAUGUAUUGUUAUGGUCUAACUAUAGAAAGUCAUCAAAGCCAUCAGUAUGGACACCAUUGUUUCUAAUUCUCCCAUAUGUGUUGUAUCCAGGAGCUCUCCAGGUAUUUUGUAUGUAUUAUAGAAUAUGGCUACAGGUCAACUGGAAAAGCAACUACUUUUCAAAAAAGGUUAAAAUUUAGAACAGCAAUAACUGCAGUCAAAGCCUGUAGAGACUUCAGAUGUUGCUGACCUGUUUCUUAAAUUGACAAACUAUAGUAACUAUUUUAAUGUUAUAAAUAUUUAAUAGUGCUUGAGUACGUCAAUUAUACAAAGUUUAAGGAAUAGAGGUCUUAUAAGUAUUUUCUGAAAUAACACAUAAUGAAUGUGUAUCAUGUUAGUAAUAUUUGUUUCUUUCAUCUGUGUUGGCUCUAUUCUGGCAGUUACUUGAAAGUUGUUUUGUGUUUUUUAUUCUUGGUAAAAUCUGAGCACCAAUAACAGUAAAUAUUUACAUUCGCUAGAUAUAAACUAGUUUAAAGAUGUUGAGGAAGGGAGAGGUAAGUAUUUUGGACAUCUAUGAUAAUUCUUGUUUUUUUGUCAGAUUUUUUUAAUUAGAAGUUAGCUUUACUCAUAGGACUGCUUAAUUUUUUAUCGGUCUAUGAGAACACUAUUUCAAAGAAGUUUCACUUAGUGAUUUGUAAAUUAUUACAAUUUGCUAAUUUUUAUUUACAAUAGUUAAACUUACAGGCAUGUCAGGGAGGAAAUGUCAUUUUGCUAUGGAGAAGAGUGAAUGGCUGAACAUACUAUAAUGUCUUUAAUUUCAACAAAAUGUAAGUGCAGAUUGUUCCAUGGCCCUGGUAUCAUGCAUAACUUGUGUGUUCUGUGUUUAGGUUUAAUCUUAAAAAUGGAACAGUACACAUCAUACAUAGGAUGUGUGACUUCUGAAGUGCCUUUAUCUGAUAUCGCUCAGAGGAUUAUGACAGCUUUGCAGUCUAUUCCUGUAGAAGUUCAGACUAGCAGAAAAAAUAACCAGAGUAUAGAGAAGACAAAGGAAAAUAAACUAGGUGAUAAGGAUGCACAUCUGAAAAAUGACAAGGAGAUUCACGAUUCCACAAUUGCCUUACUAAAACCAUCUGCUAGCCCUGAAAAAUGUACUGCUGAUCAGAUAGUCAGGACAGUACAUACUGAUGAAAUGCUUUGCUGUCAAGAUACCAAAAUAGUGAGCUGUUACCAGGAUUUAGACUUGCCAACAUGGGGAUAUAGAGAAAGAAAUCUUUUAGUAAAAGCAAAAAAUAUGAAGGGUGGUGAAAAGAAUGUAGCUACUCCCCUUAAAAGAAAGCAAGAUGUGCCUACAUGUUGUUCAGAGAAAACAAGAAGAUUACCUGUAAAGACCUACACCUCCUCACAUGAAAGAGGAUACAACUGUACUUCUGGACAAACAGAGUCUUCUGAAAAUUGUCCUUGUGAUAUCAGGAGUUUGGGAUGUGAAGAGAAAAGAGAAUUGCUUGCAACUAUAGAACAGGCAGUGGCUUUUGUAACUACUAUGAUUUUUCAAGAUGGUUCUUCACAGCUCAACUCAGAGCAGGUCUUAACCUCAUCAGUAAAAGGAGUUGUUGUGUUAGUGAAGAAUCAGGCUGAUCACCCUUGCCCUCCCAGUUACUCCUCAACGGACUGUACUUGGAAUGCUGCUAAUGAAAAAGAUAAAUUAAUUUAUUUAAAAACUGAAUGGUCAUCUCUGUGGGAACAAGAACAACAGUCUCACAAGAAAUUUGCUUGGCAAGUGUUGUUUCAAAUGCUACGUUGCAAAGUUCCGAUUAUUUGCUUCAAUGCAAAAGAUUUCCUGAGGACUCUACUUCAGGUUUAUGGUAAUGAAAUUAGCUGGAAACAAGUUGCUGAUAGCGUCGUCUUAGAUCCAAGGAUUGCAGCAUGGCUGACAAACCCCAGCGACACAGUUCCCUCUUUUGAGUGUUUAGUACAGAAGUAUUUUGAAAAGUAUUUUACUAUGGGAACAGUAAAUACAGAUACAGGCGCUCUAAGAAAUACAUCAUAUCAAAACUUAGGUGUGAACUUGGAGAAGCUUUAUAAUGUAAUGAUGGACCUUGCUCGUGCCUUGCAGGUUCAAGGUUUGUGGAAACUAUAUUGCACACUAGAACUUCCACUUGUCAAAAUUCUGGCAGUGAUGGAAACACACCAAAUACAUGUGAACAAACAAGAACUGAAAAAAACAUCAGAAAUUCUGGGGUUGCGUCUCAAAGAGCUUGAACAGGAAGCUUAUCAAGUUGCUGGAGAACAAUUCCUUUUGACCAGCAGUAGUCAACUCAGAGAGGUACUAUUUGAAAAGUUAAAACUGCAUGCACUGUGUGAGAAAGUUCACAGAACUGAAAUACAACAACUUGUGUCCACCUCAGAAGUUGUGCUAAAUAAGUUGCAAGAUCUCCAUCCUUUGCCUAAGAUAAUUUUAGAAUACCGUCAGGGAUUUAUUUCCUCUACAUGGAAUCAGACAGGAACUGUGACUGGCAGACUUUCAGCCAAACAUCCAAACAUUCAAGGUAUCUCUAAACAUCCAGUUAGAAUUACAAAGAAACAGUACAUGAAAGGAAAAGAAGAAGAAAUAGUAACUAUUUCCCCAAGAACAUUGUUUGUUUCAAAAAAAGGAUAUACGUUUUUAGCAGCAGAUUUUUCCCAUAUUGAGUUAAGGAUCCUUGCUGACUUAUCAUCUGAACCAGAACUUUUGAAACUGUUCCAAGAACCAGAAACCACUGAUAUCUUUUCCACACUGGCUUCUCAGUGGAAGGGGAUUCCAAGUGAACAAGUGAAACAUGCUGACAGAGAGCAAGCAAAGCGCAUAGUUUACUCAGUGGUUUAUGGAGCAGGUAAAGAACGUCUUGCUGACAGCCUGGGCGUUACUCCUCUUCAAGCCAGUCAAUUUAUAGAGAGUUUUAUGCAAAAAUACAAGAAAGUACAUGAAUUUACAAAGAAAACCAUUGAACAAUGCCGAAAUAAAGGUUAUGUCGUUUCCAUAAUGGGACGUAAAAGACCACUGGCUAAUAUCAAUGCACAGGAUUACAAACUACGCACUCAAGCGGAGAGGCAGGCUGUCAAUUUUGUUGUUCAAGGAUCUGCAGCUGAUCUUUGUAAAAUGGCUAUGGUGGAGAUUUUUACCUCUGUUGUCAUUUCUUCGACUUUAACAGCCAGGUUAAUUGCCCAGAUUCAUGAUGAGUUGUUGUUUGAAGUAGAAGAUUCUCAAAUCCAGGAAUUUUCAGCACUGGUAAAAAGAACAAUGGAGUCCCUGCAGCAAACGGCAGCCUUGGAAGUGCCACUAAAGGUUCCCUUGAAAGUGAUUCUUACCACUGGGAAAUCAUGGGGGUGUAUGACAGAAUUGCAGGAGAUGUAAAGCAGUCAUCGGGGAUGUUAUUCAGUACCCGUACACCUCAUUGGCCUAUGCUGAUUCCUCACUGAAUCACUAGGCAACAGCGCUGCUGGAUCUUUCAUAAGCACCUAAUACUCUGCAUGUGAAUUUUUUUACUUCAUUUUGUCUGUAGCCCUAGGCAACAGCAGUGAGAUAAAACUGGUUUUUACCAGUUCAUUGUGUUUCCUUUAGCCAAGGUAACCAGCAGGGAGCUGCUUUUGUUCAGAGCUAAAUUACUACAUGUAAGAAAUGAAGCAAGACAAUAUUAACCCUUUGGGAACAUGACAAAUAUAUUUGAGUUAGAUGGAUGUUUAAAAUUUAGUGUUAAAUAUUUUGUGAAGUGCUUGUGUAAAAAUACUUCUAAUCUGGCAUUAGAAAGACACUAUUUGAACUGUGUCAGCAAGUGCUUAACUGUUGUGUUCAGUUUAUUUUAAAAUUUGUGAGUAGAAGGCAGCUGCUUGAUUUGCAUCACACAUUAAAUGUCAUGUUCCACAGACUUAGAAAAAGAGUUCUUUGGAAAUUAAGAGUCUCCACCUUAAUUUAUAUUUAGAAUUUUGGAGCAAAACAGGUAAACAAAACUGGAUGCCUAAAUGCGUUAAGAAUAACCAGAUUGUUGUCAAUUCAAUUAAUUUCAAAUGCAGUUUGUACGCUGUAGCUGUAGCAUACUUUAGAGGAAGUAUUAUAGUUUUGCCUAAUCUAUGAUUUUUAUUAUUAGUGUAAUGCUAAAUACUGUUUAGAUAAAUUUUAUGAUCCAGCCUUAUACUUUUUAAGAUUCAGGUUUCUACUUUAACAUUUAGAUUUGUUGUUGAUAUUUUGGGUUUCUGUAGAGUUUAUUCUUUAAAUGAGUUUGUUUCAUAACAUUACCGGUUGCCAAAGUCUGCCUCCGUGCUUGUGGAAUGUGGAACUGUCCUCAAAGUCUACUAAUUAUUUCAAAGUUGAAGUCAAGCACAAAACUUUUAAGAAGUGUUCAGUAUCUUUCACCAUUAGACCUCAAAUGGUCAAAGUAAUAUGACUUAAAUUUUAGGAGUGUAUAGUUACAGAGAUUUUGCAGCAGUUUUAAUUUGUAUCAUUAAACAAUUUUGCAUUGCGCUUAAAGGCAUUAAACUAUUAAACAUUGUUUUAUUAUGUUGCAUGAUAGUCAUACCUAACCUGUCAGCUGAAGUGAGCCGGGCAUUUCUGAAAAUGUAUUAUUAUAGUUAUAGAAAUAGCAGCGGUCACGUAAGCAAAGUCAGAACCUGCUACAUAUUAAUUGGGGGUCAGCUCUUUGGCUGGGGGAGAGUCCAGCCUGCAUGUCUGUGACACAGCACCAGGUCAUACGAGCAGAGGGUCUGAUUCCACCUUUCCAACAGAGAAGAGGUUGCAUGAAUUUUCUUCUGCUUUUUGCCAUUUUCAAGAUUUCUGUGUUUGCAAUGGCACUGAAUAAGUGUGAAAUGUUCUGCUUUCUGUUUCACUCCUCUUGAAGACUUACUGUUUUCAGGAGGCCUGUACUAAUUAAGCUUUGCUU